UUGCCUUAUAGCAAAUUAGCAAAUUAGUAAUUUAUGCGAAGUUCAAUCUUUUCGGAGAUCACAUAAAGAUUCAUUCUUGGGUUGGAUAUAUAACUCAGGUAUUUUUGCUUCCUAUGUUGCAUUGACGGGGUGAGACACACACCAUUGGCUGCACAAUCUGGGCAACAGUGCCUAUGAUUCAGCAAGGAACCUGAUUUUCCCAGAAGACCAAACCAAUGUUUUGUUCUUGUUUUUUGUUUAUGUUUCUGCCACAAUUACUGUAAGACAACACACACACACACACAAAAGAAGAGAAAAAAGAAAAGAAAAGAAAGAGAGAUUUUGAUACUCAUAGUAUGGGAAUGGCAACAAGAAGCUGAACGUUGGUGGCGCUUGAGGAACAAAGGGUAAGCUAUUGGCGGUGAAUGGUUGGAUCAACAUUGGGAAUCUGAGACCCCAAUUUCAAAUUCAAAUGAAUCAUUCAAUCAAAGUUCACUUAUUUAAUCCUUCCAACUCAUGCACUUUCACCAUGUUGUGUAUGUGAGACACAUAGCUUUAGAGCCAUACAAAGUUCUGAUCUUUCACCAUAUUCAUCUUCCAUUUCAGGCCUCAAGUUUCAGGAUUGGCACAUAAUAUAUUAAUAUGCGGGAUAGUGAGAAGCAGCUAAACAGUAGAGGAUCUAAAAAAUCCAGUCAUUUGAAGGCACGCACGGAGUGUAAAAGGAAGAAGCAUAAACUGAAAGUGGAAUCAAAAUCUCACACGAAAAAUGUUGGCACUAACAUAUCAAAGAAGAGAGUUAUCGACUCUUCCCUCAAGGCUAAGGGGCCACGUAAGGAUUCUUCAGAUAAGACAUUGAUUGCUGGACAAAAUUUGUCUAAAAUCCACAGAAAGUCUUCACAGAAGCCAUCCUCAAAGUUACAAGGCAAUAAAUCUUCUCAUAGUUCUAGAAAAGAGGAGAAAGAUGCUGAUGGGGUGGUAAAUCUUCAAAAAAUGAAGAGAAAGAGAAAGAGAAAAAAGAAAAGGCAAAGGAAUAAUGCAGAUCUUGAUGAUGCUUCACGCCUGCAGCGGAGAACAAGGUACCUCUUGAUCAAAAUGAAGCUAGAGCAGAACCUUAUUGAUGCUUACUCUGGAGAAGGUUGGAAAGGUCAGAGUCGAGAAAAGAUUAGGCCAGAAAAGGAGCUACAAAGAGCACGGAAGCAGAUUUUAAAAUGUAAACUUGGUAUUCGUGAUGCCAUUCGCCAGUUGGAUUCUCUCAGUUCAUUGAGUAGCAUUGAAGACUCUACUCCUGAUGGAUCUGUUUAUCAUGAACAUAUAUUCUGUGCAAAGUGCAAGACGCGUGAAGAACUUCCAGACAAUGAUAUUAUACUAUGUGAUGGUACAUGCAAUCGUGCUUUUCACCAAAAAUGUCUUGAUCCUCCUUUAGACACUGAAAAUAUUCCUCCUGGGGAGCAGGGCUGGUUUUGUAAAUUUUGUGAAUGUAAGAUGCAAAUACUAGAGGCAAUGAAUGCCCAUCUUGGAACUCACUUCUCCUUGCACAGUACUUGGCAGGAUGUAUUCAAAGAAGAAGCUGCUAUACCUGAUGGUGAUACCAUGUUACUGAAUCCUGAAGAAGAGUGGCCAUCAGAUGAUUCUGAAGAUGGUGAUUAUAAUCCAGAGAGGAAAGAAGACAGCCAGAAUAUCAACACAGAAGGAACUGAUGAUGAUGCAUCUGAUGAUUUAAGCAGUUCUACCAGUCUGUGUUAUUCUGAUGGUGAAUGUUCUCCUGUAGAUGGUGUCAGUCAUGAAUAUUUUUCUGUCAAUAGCAGCAUAGAUUCUGAUGAGUCUGAGGAAAAAGCCUGUGGUCGUAGGCAGCGAAAAGCCGUUGACUACAAGAAACUCUAUGAUGAAAUGUUUGGAAAGGAUGCGCCUACAUGUGAACAAUUGAGUGAAGAUGAAGACUGGGGUCCUGGCAAAAGAAAGCGAAGAGAAAAGGAGUCUGAUGCUGUUGAUUCUCUUAUGACUUUGCAUGAAAGUGAGAAUAAAUGCCCCAAUAAUGAGGAAAACAAUAUGACAAGAAAGGCUUCUUCAAGCAUCAAUAUAAAAAGGCCUUGUUUUAGGAUUCCACGUGAUGCAGUUGAGAAGCUUCGCCAAGUUUUUGCAGAGAAUGAACUUCCUCCAAGAUCUAUGAAGGAGGGUCUUUCAAAAGAGUUGGGACUUGACACUGAGAAGGUCAGCAAAUGGUUCAAAAAUGCUCGUUACUUAGCACUUAAAAACAGAAAGCAAUCAGAAGGAGCCGAUCAGCUUCAGAGUAUCACUUCUAGGAAGAACUCAAGAAUGCAAAAUCAGGAGAAUGCUGAUCUUCUGAAACCAAAGAGCUUAAAAAUUACUGUUAGACAUUCCCUGAAGGAUGUUAAAAAUGUCACUGGAAGAAAGAAAAUGAAGUCAUCUAGCAGUUCUUUCAAGAAAAGACAACCAGAUAUAUCUCCACCCCAGGGAGAAAAUGUCAACAAGGACUUCGUGGAGAUCAGUGAUGAUGUGAGUUUGAAGAAACUGUUGAAAGAAAAAAAGAGAAUGGUAAAUUUUACUUUUGAAGGAGACUCUCAGGCGGCAGAGUUGGAAUUUGAAAGACUAAGCAAAUUGAAGAUUAAACUAGAUAUUAUGAAGCAAAAAUUAGCUGGAUUUCAAAAUUAUAGAGGAAAUGGUUCAAAUGAACCCCAGUCAAAUGAACCAUCUAUUGUAUAUGUACCCAUAGCUGUGUUAAGGGAAAAGGUUGAAUAACUUUUUUUUGAAUUGGUAGUUA